AUGGUAAAAAGUGACAAGACCCGAGGACGACCAUGUAACCCUAUCGGAUCAGUUCUUCAAUAUUUCAAGAACCCAAAAAAGAAAGAAUCGCGGUCUUUAAACCAAAAGCUUACCAAUUCUUUUUACCGUAAUUUUUAUGGCACUCUAAAGUUAAACUUAAAAGAAGAAUCAUUUGAUCUCUAUUCUAGUAAAUUUUGGCCUGAGUCUUUUUUAAAUAAAGAUGAAAGAGAGGUUUUCAAGAAUAAAGAAAAGUCUUAUUUCAAUGUUGCCUUGAGUCAGGCUUUAAGAAAAAUCUACAAAAAUUUAUUUAAUGAUAUGGUUGAUAGCUAUGCAAAAGAGCUAAUGGAAAACUAUAACGAAAAACAGUUUGAGAGGGCUUUUAAUUGCAAAUUGGAUAAAAGGUUUAAAGAGCCGAUUCGAAAAAAACUGUGGGAGUGCUUAAUUAUACACCAUCUUGCGCAGAUUGGCAAAGAGAAGGAAGAGACGAUUGGAAGCCAGAAAUUUAUUUUGGAAUUGAGCUAUGAGACUGAAAAAUAUAUUAAGCUCGGCUGUAAGGAUAUAGAAAGCGAUGAAAAGCCUGUUUGCAUUGAGAAGCAACAAGAAAUAAAUUUUGAUGGUGCAUUUUAUUAAUCAUAAAAUGGCGACAUAUGCGAAAUUUCUUUCUCCUCCUUUGCCCAUUUUAUGAUUAUGAGGUUAGUUUUCCCUGAAAGUCCAAAUCCAGCUAUAUCAGGUAAGUAACUUGAGGGGUGCACUGCCUCCUGGUCUGAUACUUUUGAUGUUUGGAAGGCUGAGAGUUUAAUCAGCUUAGCACACCUCAGGAGGGUGACCUUUAGGUGGAACACGCUGUAGCUGAGUUAGCGCGAUAGUAAAACAUUACGUUAGAAGUGCAGUUAGGCUUGAGGCGGAACAAUAUGGAAAGCACUGGCAAUAUUAAACACUAAAUAAUUGAUUAAAGAAGGCGCAUUUUUAAAUGAUGGCUUGUUUUUGUAUGAAAAUUCCUACGAGUUUUAA